AUGCCCUCCUCGGCCGAAUCCCUCAACACCCUCGACAUCUCGCGCUUCUUGACGGGCCAGUCGACACCGACACAAGAUCGGGCACUCGCAGCAGCCUUCGUCCAGCUCGCCAAGGAGGUCGGAUUCUUCUACGUCGAGGGCUACGAGUCGGUCGUCCCCCAAGAGCUCGUCGACGAGGUCUUUCACCAUAACGAGCGCUUCUUCGACCUGCCACUCGAGAAGAAGAACGAGCUCGCGUAUACCAGCAGCAAGGCAAAUCGCGGGUAUCUCAGCUUCGGUCGCGAGCAGGCGAGCCUCAGCAAAGACCCGGACCAGAUCGGGGCAGAGCGAGAGGCGGCCAAGGACCAGAAGGAAACGUUCGAGAUUGGCAACGACGUCGAUCCCGUGUACCCGGAGCACUGGCCGAGGGAGGAGGACUUGCCUGGGUUCAAGGAGACGAUGACGCGCUUCUACGUCCUCCUCGACGAGCUCCACCUCCGCCUCAUGUCCCUACUCGCCAUCUCGCUCGACCUCGCGCCCGACUUCUUCCUGCCGCAAAUCGACGGCCGCAACCACUGCCUGCGCCUGCUGCACUACCCGCCUGUACCUCGGUCGGGCUCGAACAAUCGGAUUGGCGCGCACACCGACUUUGGCACGACGACAAUCCUCUUCCAGGACGACACCGGCGGCCUCGAGAUAGAGUCGCCGAGCGGCGCCUUCAUCCCCGUCGUGCCAAAGCCGAGAACCUUCAUCCUCAACUUCGGCGACAUCCUGUCACGGUGGUCGAACGACGAGCUCAAAUCGACGGUGCAUCGAGCCGUCCUGCCCGACUUGCGUGACAGCGAGGACGCCGACGGCCUCACGAAGACGAGGCGCAGCGUCGCCUUUUUCUGCAACCCAAACCCCGACGCCAUCAUCUCCUGCCUUCCCGGCUUCGAGGGCCCGUCGGGCAAGGCCAAGUACGAGCCAGUCGUCGCGGGCGAGUACUACGCGCAGAUGCUCGAGGCCGAGAUCGGUGCAUGAGCGAGUCCGGGGAAGCGGCCUGAGCGCAGGGCGGGAGGAGAAGGUCGGGAGGGAGGAACCUCGUUGCCGUCUUUCUCGACGCUCUCUUGCGCAACGCGACAGGGUGCACCUUG